CUGUUGCACACACUGACAUUUGCUUUCCCACGGCUUUCUGAGAGUCUUGUACCUUUUCUAUUUCCCCCAGCUCUGCACAGACAACUGUGUGCACACACACUGUGUUCUAGGGCGUGGUUUCUCUAGGAACCUUCACUGAGCCUCUUGUACAGCACCCCACUCUUUGUUCACGUGCUGGAUCCCACCUCAAUGUGGAUUUUUGUUUUUUGUUUUUUGUUUUUUUUUUUUGCUUUUCAGCUCUGAGGGACAACAGAAUUGAGCUGGUGCGAGCGUCAUGGCACGAGCUGAGUAUCAGUGUCAGCGACGUGUCCCUGUCGGACGAAGGGCAGUACACCUGCUCCUUAUUCACCAUGCCUGUCAAAACUUCCAAGGCUUUCCUCACCGUCCUCGGUGUUCCUGAGAAGCCACAAAUUACUGGAUUUACCUCACCGGUUAUGGAGGGAGAGAGGAUGCAGCUCACUUGCAAGACAUCUGGUAGUAAACCAGCAGCUGAUAUCAGAUGGUUCAAGAAUGACAAAGAAGUUAAAGAUGUUAAAUACUUCAAAGAAGAAGAUUCAGUUCGUAAAACAUUCACAGUCAGCAGCACGCUGGAUUUCCUAGCAGAUCGCAGUGAUGAUGGUGCAGUUGUAAGUUGCAGAGUAGAUCAUGAGUCCCUAAACUCUACACCUCAGAUAGCAAUGCAGGUUCUAGAAAUACACUAUACACCUUUAGUUAAAAUCAUUUCUUCCAAUUCAUGGCCUGAAGAAGGACAAUCUAUAAUUUUGACUUGUGAAUCCAAAGGAAAACCAGUGCCAGAACCAGUACUGUGGACAAAGGAUGGUGGAGAACUACCAGAUCCAGAGAGAAUGGUUGUCAAUGGCAGGGUUCUAAGCAUCAGCUUCCUAAACAAAACAGACAAUGGCACGUACCGAUGUGAAGCGAAAAAUCCCAUUGGCCGAAACAGCACAGAAUAUGUCCUGAUAGUACAUGAUGUUUUCAACACUUUGCUUCCCACUACUGUCAUCCCCUCCCUUACCACUGCAACAGUCACAACCAAUGUAGCCUUAAAAGCCAGCACAACCACAUCGGCAACAGCCACCAGCAUCAGAGAUCCAAAUGCUUUGGCUGGACAGACUGGACCUGACCACGCUCUUAUAGGAGGAAUAGUGGCUGUAGUUGUCUUUGUAACACUAUGUUCUAUAAUUCUCCUUGGUCGAUACCUGGCAAGACAUAAAGGAACAUAUUUAACAAAUGAAGCAAAAGGAGCUGAAGAUGCACCUGAUGCCGACACAGCCAUUAUCAAUGCAGAAGGCAGCCAAGUCAAUGCAGAGGAGAAAAAAGAGUAUUUCAUUUAG